GCGCCCCGCGCACCAUGGCCGGGGCCAUCGCCUCCCGCAUGAGCUUCAGCUCGCUCAAGAGGAAGCAGCCCAAGACGUUCACGGUGCGGAUCGUCACCAUGGAUGCCGAGAUGGAGUUCAACUGCGAGAUGAAGUGGAAAGGGAAGGACCUGUUUGAUUUGGUGUGCCGGACUCUGGGGCUUCGGGAAACCUGGUUCUUUGGACUGCAGUACACUAUCAAGGACACCGUGGCCUGGCUCAAAAUGGACAAGAAGGUGUUAGAUCACGAUGUUUCAAAGGAAGAACCAGUCACCUUUCACUUUCUGGCUAAGUUUUAUCCUGAGAAUGCUGAGGAAGAGCUGGUUCAGGAGAUCACGCAACAUUUAUUCUUCUUACAGGUGAAGAAGCAGAUUUUAGAUGAAAAGAUCUACUGCCCUCCCGAGGCUUCUGUACUCCUGGCUUCCUAUGCUGUCCAGGCCAAGUAUGGUGACUACGACCCCUCUGUGCACAAACGGGGAUUUUUGGCUCAAGAAGAAUUGCUUCCAAAAAGGGUAAUAAAUCUGUAUCAGAUGACUCCGGAAAUGUGGGAGGAAAGAAUUACAGCUUGGUACGCGGAGCACCGGGGCCGAGCCAGGGAUGAAGCUGAAAUGGAGUAUUUGAAGAUAGCUCAGGACCUGGAGAUGUACGGUGUGAACUACUUUGCAAUCCGGAAUAAAAAGGGCACAGAGCUGCUGCUUGGAGUGGAUGCUCUGGGGCUUCACAUCUAUGACCCUGAGAACAGGCUGACCCCCAAGAUCUCCUUCCCGUGGAAUGAAAUCCGAAACAUCUCAUACAGCGACAAGGAGUUUACUAUUAAACCACUGGAUAAGAAAAUUGAUGUCUUCAAAUUUAACUCCUCAAAGCUUCGUGUUAAUAAGCUGAUUCUCCAGCUGUGUAUCGGGAACCAUGACUUGUUUAUGAGGAGAAGAAAGGCUGAUUCUCUGGAAGUUCAGCAAAUGAAAGCCCAGGCCAGGGAGGAGAAGGCUAGAAAGCAGAUGGAGCGGCAGCGCCUUGCUCGAGAGAAGCAGAUGCGGGAGGAGGCUGAGCGCACAAGGGAUGAGCUGGAGAGGAGGCUGCUACAAAUGAAAGAAGAAGCAACCAUGGCCAACGAAGCACUGAUGAGGUCUGAGGAGACAGCUGACCUGUUGGCUGAGAAGGCUCAGAUCACAGAGGAGGAGGCCAAGCUGCUGGCCCAGAAGGCUGCAGAGGCAGAGCAGGAGAUGCAGCGCAUCAAGGCUACGGCCAUUAGGACGGAGGAGGAGAAGCGCCUGAUGGAGCAGAAGGUGCUGGAGGCUGAGGUGCUGGCACUGAAGAUGGCUGAGGAGUCAGAGAGGAGGGCCAAGGAGGCCGACCAGCUAAAGCAAGACCUGCAGGAAGCCCGUGAGGCAGAGCGGAGAGCCAAGCAGAAGCUCCUGGAAUUUGCUACCAAGCCCACAUACCCGCCCAUGAACCCAAUCCCAGCACCAUUGCCUCCGGACAUACCCAGCUUCAACCUCACUGGCGACAGCCUGUCUUUCGACUUCAAGGAUACUGACAUGAAGCGGCUUUCUAUGGAGAUAGAGAAAGAAAAAGUGGAGUACAUGGAGAAGAGCAAGCACCUGCAGGAGCAGCUCAACGAACUCAAGACAGAAAUUGAGGCAUUGAAGCUCAAAGAGAGGGAGACUGCUUUGGACAUUCUGCACAAUGAGAACUCAGAUAGGGGCGGCACCAGCAGCAAGCACAAUACAAUUAAAAAGCCUCAAGCCCAAGGCAGAAGACCUAUCUGCAUUUGAGCCCUCAAACUCACUUUGCAGAGCGCCAGGUCCCGGGUGGCCUUCUUCGAGGAGCUCUAGCACGUGACCAGCCACUUCUGCUGCUCCUGGCGCCAACAGGAUGGGCCCGACACGUGGGAACCCUCCACAGGGCUGAUUUGGAGGCUCCUCAGGGAGCUCCAGAACUUUCUCCAGUUGAGUGGGAGAGCCUUGUCUCCUUCAUGUGCAAUCGCCUUUGAACUAUGACCCGGCAGAGGUUUCUUCACAUUGUUCUUCUUCUGACCUGCAUCGUUCAUUUUUUUGAGACUUUUUUUUUUUUUUUUUUGGUCUUAUGUGGGAUCCCAUACUUCUUCCUGUGUCCCAGGUGCCCUGGUGCGUGCGUGCAUGUAUGUGUGUGUGUGAGAGUGUGUGUGUGUGUGUCUGCCCUGCUGCAGAGGUCAGGAGUGCUUCUCCACCCCCCCCACCCCCCCCGUGAGGACCUGGCACACAGUAAAGAAACACUGCCCUGCCUGCUGCAUUAGCCUGGAGAGCUUGUCUGAAGCUCAGGACCAGCCAGGCACUCCCAAGCCGUACUCUGGCUGAUGGCUAUGAUGGCCAGGCAGGGCAGCUGUGGCUGGGGAGAGGUAGGGGGCAGAAGCUGUGGUGAGGGGCUGAGGACUGGGAGGUGGGCAGAACCGUGUGCACGGGGAUCUGAUGGGACAGAAUGCUCACCACCCUCCACCAGCCCAGGGCCAGAGGCAGACGGGAGCCACAAGUGUCUUUCCCGUCCCUAGGAACUACCGGCUCAAGCUCAUGGGUGCCUACAAAGCCAGCCGAGACUGGGGCUCCCUGGGUCUGAGACCCCACGGGAACUUGUUCUCAUUGGCUCCUAUGACAUGGGAAGCUCCAGAUGUGCUGCUGGUCUGAAUCUGCCCUCCUCCACCAAUCCCAGCAAGCCUUCUGAACGCUGUGCCUGAGCCUCAUUUGGCCUGUACCCUGCCCUGUCUCUGGGCUCUCCUUUUAUAACUCCUCAGGCCCCAGCCCAAACGUGACACAAGAAUCCACUCAGUGACAGCAGGCUGGCACACACAGGCCUCCAUGGCAGGUGCAGAGCACCCUCCAGGCUCACUCACUCCAUGGCUAGGGCCCAUCUUCGGAUUCUUUUUUUUUUUCUUUUUGGAGGGGAUGGGGGUGUAUCAGUCCUGUGGCUUUUGAGCCACAAUCCUCAUAUCUCAGUCUCCUGAGGAGCUAAGAUUACAGGCCUGAGCUACUGGCACCCGGCUAUGUGUAAACUAUUCUUAAAGAUUUCAGAUCAUGCCCAUGUGGAAGUUUUUUCUUUACAUUUCAUGACCAGAAUAAGGAAUGUUAUUUAUAAGUGAGCAUUUCAGUGCAGAGGACACGGGCAGUUUUCCUUGUCUCUGCUUCCUAAACCUUAGGGAGCCCGAUGUGUCCUUGCUCACUGUAGUAGAGUGGACACAGCUGCUGGCCACUCCCCCUCAGACUGCUCGUGGGGCCAGCACAGGGUUCAGUCUGAGAUGGGCUUGGGUGAACAGCUGGGCAGCCACAGUAGAAAAUCACUGUGGAGCCAGAACUGAGACUCCCUUGGGUUGACUUCGGUUCUUUUGUGUUUUCUUUUUUGUGCCGCUCUAGGGCCUGAAUUCUGGGCCUGGGUGCUGUUCCUGAGCUUUU